GUUCCGUUCUAUGCGCUGCUUGCACUACAUCGUCCAACAGGUCACACCUGACAUGACCAGCGUCAAACGAAUUAGAGCACGAAUCUGACCAUAUCACGCUCUGGGAGGUGAUCCAAAACGACUUCACAUUCUUUGAGCGCCUGAACAUUCAUCAAGCGCCUCCAUCAGGCUGGGUCUUCAUACAAUUCCCGCCGGCACGUCCGACCCUUUAUCGGCUAUGUGUUGAAAAUGGCACGUCUGAACACACAAGCAGCAUCUCCUGAUUCGGAAAGUCAAGGGCUCUCAAGCUCACCGAAUCGAGAUACUCCUCGUACUUCCGACCCCCCUUCGUCCCCUGCGCAACCCUCAGACUCGGACAAAGAGAACCACACGCGCUCGUCCACAUCCGGGAGGGGGAAACGAGUCAGAAAUACCGCGCUGAUGCCGGAGAGUCGUGGCGCCGAGUCCAGCCAUGCUCAGAAGCGGAGGAGAAUAAGUGCUGAGGAACCGCAGAGUACAGCGCGUACCCACAAAUUCUAUGAUCCCGAUCAAGAUCCUGAAGAGCGGAGGUUGGUCCGAAAGGGCCUACGUAGUCUCUUCGCCGAACUACAUGACUCGAAGACAGAAUUUCUGAAGCCGGAAUCGAAAGGACUGGAAGACACUUUGCGCAAAGCAGAUGAAUUGUUCAAGAAUGUCAAGCAAACAUCCGAAGCGACUAUCGAUUCUCGAUUAUUGGUUGAGGCUGCCGAUUUGUCAUUCAGAAAGAUCAACAACUUGGCCCUCGGUGACGGAUCGACGGGAAUAGACGUCGACGACUUUGUCACAAAAUGUAUUGGGUUCAUGAAACGAGGAGAUGAACCUGAACAGCGCAAUCACAACGAACCUCCGAGUACACAAACGCAGCGGCGACGCCGUCGUCAAGGCGAAGAUCUGGAAGAUGGCGACGAGGGGGACACCAUGAACUGGGAGUAUCUGGGCAAAAAUGCUUGUUUUCUCUACAACGCCCGUCCUUGCCUGACGGGAUUCCUUCUCGGUCCACUGUCAGUUCAGAAGAAAGUGCGUCAACAGACACAACGCAAAGCUCGAGAAGCUCGCACGCAAGAUACACAGGCUCUUCGUCCAGUUGAGCUUAACGAUGAAGAUCUGGAGAAGCAAGAGUCGGCAAGUCUUACUGUAAUCUGUACAGAGAUCGCGCGACUACUCGAGACUGCCAUUUCCAGAGGAGAAAAAGUAGUCGAAAAGGAGUUUGAGGAGGCUGGGGAUGAUAUUUCCGAUGAGGAAGCCGGAGAAAUCCUUCGUCGCCACAGCAUGGCUGAUAAUGGUUGUUUGCCGCUUUUCAACUUUUGCGUCAAUCCUAAGUCGUUUGGGCAGACUGUGGAGAACAUGUUCUACGUCAGCUUCUUGAUCAAGGAAGGGAAGGUCGGAUUGGAUUUCGACAGUCAUGGUCUCCCUACCCUCGGUAUUGCAGCAACUCGUACAAUGGCUGAGCGACAAGAGACGAAACGAAAUCAAGCAGUAUUCACCCUCGACUAUGAUGUCUGGGAGGACAUUGUAAAAAGCUUCGGAAUUACAAAGAGCAUCAUUCCUCAUCGUUCGGAGGAGAAUUAUGAUGAUGGCAUAAUUGAUUAUGCUCGUGGGGAAGACAAUGCUGCUAGGGAGGUCGAAGAAGAUGAGGAAUCUGAUGCAUAUGCAUAGUUCUGUCUGGAUGAUACUGCGUGCUGCGUCAACACUGUUUCUCUUCUGGUUUAUGAAAGCAUGAAGCGACGGUGUUUCCUAUGGGUGGUAUGAGCGGGUUUGGUUCUGCACUGUGCGAUUCAAAGUGUUGCAACAAUUGAAUGACAUUUCUAUUUGACAGACUGCAUAUCUUCAAUCGAAUGCAAAUGGUCAUCGAGACCG